CGAUGGAGCAAGACGUAAAAACUGUCCCACCAGUGCCAGUGAUGGUGGGGAGAACACAACAGGGUGGCGUCUUUCGGUGUUCCCCCAGAGCCAGACCAAACCAUGCAGCAGUGAGUGUGCUGUUUGGUAGUGUUCACCAUUCACCGUUUGCACGUCAUCGCGCUCGGUCGGUUGUUGGGUAACUUUCACUCCGUGCCACACAGUAGAGCACCUCGAUCGUGGUGGGGUGGUGUGUUGUUUUGUGCGUGAUUUUGUAACCUGUGUGCGUCGGCUACGUCAUGUAAUAAUGAUAUACAGUUUCUGUCGCUUGCAAAGCUCCAUUCCAUUCUGUAAACUGUGAUACAUUUUAGCAAGUUUAGCUCACUACUUACUUGACACAAAACUGCGCAACGGCAUGAGCAGCUUAGACUUGGAGUGAUUCGUGUUUGUGCGUGCUUGUUUGUGUUUGAUUACGUACGCAGCUUCUAAGACAACCGGCUUGUUAUCAGUUUGUGAAGGAAAAAAAACACACACACGAUUAAAGAAUUAAAAUUCUACAGCAGCAACAAUGUUCACCGGCAGCGGAAUGUGGUGUCUACGAUUCGUUUCCUGCCUUCUAGUGACCUUCACAGUAUUGCCAAUGCAACAGGCCACGGCCCAGCUUACGCUCGAGCAGAUGCGAAUAGUGUCGACCCGUACGAACGAAUCGCACUUCGACAGCAUGCUCAAAAGCAUCCUCAAGCCACGAAUCGUUGGCACCGCCACACACAGCGAGGUCAAGCGGAGCAUCAUCAAGGAGCUGAAAACGCUCGGUUUCACCGUCGAGCUGGACGAGUUCAACCAGAAGGCACCGCACUUUGGCAUGCUCAAGUUUACCAACAUCGUGGCCAAGCUAAAUCCGGCGGCCGACAAAUACCUUGCCCUGGCCUGUCACUACGAUAGCAAAUACUUCCGCGAGCACGCGUUCGUCGGUGCGGUCGAUUCGGCCGUUCCCUGUGCGAUGAUGCUGAAUCUGGCCAAAACGACCGAAUCCGCGCUGAAGCUGUUGCGCAACAAUACGGACCUCAGCCUGAUGCUGCUGUUCUUCGAUGGUGAGGAAGCGUUCCGGAAAUGGUCCGCUACGGAUUCACUGUACGGCUCGAAGCAUUUGGCGACCAAGUGGACCACGGCACCGUACGUGUCAAAAGCGCUGGGAAAAUCGAUGCGCGAGAUUGAUCGCGUACAGCUGCUCGUCCUGCUCGAUCUGAUCGGCAGUGAGGAUCCCAAGUUCUACAACUUCUUCCCCAACACACGUAACUACCACCGGCGGUUGAGCAAAAUCGAAAACAGCCUGCGUGAGAAUAAGCUGCUGGUGAAGGAUCCCAAGAGUGGACCCAUGUUUCUCGAUCAAACCCUGUACAAUCGGAUUGAGGACGAUCAUUUGCCGUUCUUGAAGAGAAAUAUUCCAGUGCUACAUUUGAUUCCAGUCCCGUUCCCGAAACAUUGGCACAAGCCGGAAGACAACGAAGCCAACCUCAGUCGACCGACUAUCAAGAACAUCAACGCCGUGUUGCGGAUAUUUAUGCUGGAGCAUUUAACGUUCUGCAAUAGCAAAUAUGGACGCCCUGUGCAGACUUGCUUGCAGUAAAACGAUUGCGGUGGUAAUUAUUGCAGCAAUCGCAUGCACAUACUAAGAAUUUGAUCUCAGCGUGUCUUUUGGCGUGUAUUGCUUAACACGGUUACACCUUAUGUGAAUUUAAAAAAAAAGUUACAGAUUUCUAUUGUGUGCAUUCUGCGCAUGAAGUCGCACCACUGUUUUGUUUGUUUACGUACCAUUUGAUAGCUUUCAUGAAUGAAAAACAGUUAUUUUUUAACUUUCGACGGUUAUUUAAUUUUAAAUAAAGUAAUUGUGUGUACGACUUUUUCA